CGAUAUCCAGGCUCAGCACUCUGCUCGAUACAAGCCAGUUCUCCCUUGACCAGUUUUCUUGACCACAUGUUAUGAACUAUGAACCCAGAUAAUGCUUGCUAGAGGCUAACGUCAGACUAUAGACGGCAAAGGCGAGGCUGACGUCUCCAUGGCUGCCCAGACGGGCCAACUGGACUAUGAGGACAGGCAUGUACAUCAGGUAUAUGAAGAGAUUGCAUCUCAUUUCUCUGCCACACGCUACAAGCCGUGGCCGGUGGUGGAUUGGUUUCUACGUGGUCUACCGGUUGGAUCCGUCGGCCUAGACAUCGGUUGCGGAAACGGGAAGUAUUUGACGGUCAACAAAGACGUCUUUAUUGUCGCUUCGGAUAGAUCAAAAGCACUCGUGGACAUUGCAAGUCAGCACCAGCCCCACAGCGCACUGCUGGCAGACACGUUGAACCUGCCUCAUCCAGACUCACGAUUUGAUUUCGCCAUCUCGAUUGCAGUCAUACACCAUCUCUCCACGAAAGAGAGGAGGAUCGAAGCAAUCUCGAGGAUUCUGCAGACACUCAAGCCGCCCUCUCAGAAAGCGGACAGUGGCCAAGCGUUGAUUUUCGUCUGGGCACUGGAACAGAAAAGUAGCCGGCGAGGCUGGGACAAGGGCGACAAUCAAGAUGUGUUGGUCCCGUGGGUUCUCAAGCCAGAUCACAACACUAAUACUGAACCGCCGAAAACCUAUCAUCGUUACUAUCACCUAUACCAUGAAGGAGAACUCGAGGACGAUGCGAAGACUGCAGGUGCCCGGAUAGUCAAAUCUGGCUACGAUCGGGACAACUGGUGGGUCAUCAUCGGACGGCAAGGCUGAAGGAAAAAACAAGACGCUCGUUUUCAUUAUUUGUUCAGCAUUUUCGCCUGAUCCUCUCGAGGCGUAUCUCCUCCUUCCACUAUAUUACAGCCUCCUUCUUGGUUCUCUGGUUGACUGGGGCAAAGACGCAUGCUCAACUCGAUGACCAACCGAAGACUCGUGAAACCCGGAACCAUAUCGCUACGCCCGCCUGCUAUUUUAUCCCAAUGAUGCUCGCUCAAAUUUCAAAGCUGCCCAGAAAUAUCACCGAAAAGGAGAAUUUCGAUCUCUAGAUUUGUUGUACACGUGGUGGAAAGGGUCGGUUGUAUGGUAGGGAGGAGCCGAAAAUGCUGGCAGCCCUGCCGUGAGUUCGGCCAACGAUGGCAGUUGAUGAGGACUUGUGUAUGAGACAUCGGGCGGCGGUAUGGACUCCCGUCGUGAUCGAGGAGGAGGCCCAAUGUGCCGAAGAUGUCCACGAGGAGGUAGAGAGAUGGACUCGUAUGCGCUGGUAGGGUUGCUGAGAGAGAAGGGUGUUACUCCGGCGCGUUUAGCCAUCUCAUGCUCUCCCAUCUGCCAGUGCAUCGCCUCGACGGCCCUCCACGGCAUGGCCAUCUCUUCGGCCACUCUUGACCACAUUUCUGCACGGAACCUGGUUUGGUCGAUGUCAGUUCACAGUCUUGGGUCCGGCUGUCAGGCACGCAGGCGAUGAUUCUCAAGGUUUCACGAUCUGGGUGCCACGUUUCUCGACAUACCUCUCGUACAACCUUGCAAGCUUAUUCUUGCGGUCCUCGUCCCACUCACUUCUGCGCUCCAGGUAGUUCUGAUAAUGCAGCCUACAACUGAUGGCACUUCGACCGGGCAGGUGCUUGCUGAUGUCCUCCCACUUCAUCCCAUCCUGACGAAGUUGGAUGAUUCUGGUGUCUUCCUCGGGGGACCAUUUGGACUGCUUCUUGGCUGGAGACUGGAUGGGAUGGUCCUGGGUGGAAGACAGGCGUUUCGCAGGCACCGCUGAGCGCGGGUGCGGUGGCACGGGCGCCACGCUGGUGGCGACGCUCGAUGGCGCAGAUUCUGAGCGAGACACGGAAGUAAGAGAACUGACCGACUGGCUUUCGUCUUCCUCGUUCGACUUGAGCAGCGACGAGAUAUCCACGAUGAGUGAUAUGACGGUGUAUCCGCGGAGAGAAUAUGAGGGCGAGGUCGUGGCGCACGGUGAGUGGUCGAGGCCAUACACACAUGGAACAAAUGUUUGAGAGCGAGGGAAGUUGCACAAGGUGAAUCCGGGUAUGUCUCAGGCUUGAACAGGGCCAGCAGAAAGCGAGAACCCAAGCAAGGCGCCGGCGUUUCCACCAGGAUGGUUCCAGAAUACCUGGAUAGGAUCUAGUUUGUCGUAGAAGGUCUGGGGAACAAGAAAAGGUUGGCGAUGAAGUCGAAGGGGGGGUUGUGUGUUUGGCAAUUGCAAUGGAACAAAACAGGCUUGCUUAUAAGAAGGGCCCUUUGUCCGGUUGAAGUUCCAAAAGUGCGGUCAAAGUGCGGGUCAGGCUGGUAGAAAGAAGACAGGAAUGGAUCGGUCGUGCUUUUGCAUAUACCAGGGAUCGUAAGUGUUGGCAGGCAGAAUAGACAAACCCUGAGCCCACAGCCUGGCUCUUGCGCUGGCUAUUGGCACUUGUCACAGCAUUGAGGCGCAAACAAGCUCGAGCGGAGCGAGGACGAAUGUACUUCGCCUUCGAAGAUCCAUUCUCAUGCAGCCGGGCACGGCUCCAAAGAGACACAGAGGCACACUAUGCCCAACCGGAGUUCGUCGUCUACUCUUGGUACCAAAGACACCCGAGGAACACCUGAUAUCAUCAUUGGGCUACCGGGAGGGACUGGACUACGGACUACGGAGUAUACGAGUACACAGAGAGAGAGAAAGGGAUCCCCCCUGGCAGCUUUCGAUAGGAAGCCACUAAGAAGAACCAGGAGACCCGUUUUCUACUGUCCUCAGACUAGACAUACACCACACCGAUAGGAGAACUGCAUUUGAGGGGAGGGGGGACCCGGGAGAUAGUCCACAUUGAAGGGACACUCCCAACAAGUCAGGAGGAGUGUACCAGGGUUCAAGUUCACACUGCUACAAGGAGGAGAGCAUGGAGC